UUGUUGCGCGCAAGUCUGACUUAAUUUACAGGUGGUGGUGGCUGUUUAUCGAUAAGUUUAAAGUUUUUCAAUUUAAAAGCGUGAUAGUGCCUUUUAAGUCCUAUCCUUAUUGAUUGGUUAAUAGUGAUUAUAAACUCUAAUGAAAGUAAUUAAAAUAUGUAUUCCAUGUCUGUAAAACUCGUAAUAUGGACCGUUAAAGCGUUCCUCGAGGUAAUCUAUACCCCUAUUUUUCUCAUUCGUCUCUUCAAAAAGCCACGAAAAUGUCCCCUCAUCAGCAACAAACUUCUCCUUUUGCCGGCAACCGAAUUAGCCAAACGCAUCCGUAAAAAACAGAUUCCCAGCACGGAAGUUGUCAAAGCUUACAUCUCUCGAAUCGAAGAAGUCAACCCUAUCAUCAACGCCGUUCUGGAAGCCCGAUUUGAAAAAGCACUCGAAGAGGCAAAGCAAGUCGAUAAACUGUUGCAAGAGACCGACCUCAGCGAGGAGCAAUUGGAAGAGAAAUAUCCCCUGUUAGGAGUCCCGAUCACUAUUAAGGGGAGCAUCGCUGUUGCAGGAAUGGUACAUAGUGCAGGGAGAGUCGAUCAUAAUGUGGUAGCGCCAAUCGAUGGAAUCCCUGUUAGGCAUGUCAAAGGAGCGGGGGCUAUACCUCUCCUCACAUCCAACGUCCCGGAGCUUUGCAUGAACUGGGAGACCAAAAAUAAGCUCAUCGGGAGGACGGCAAACCCUUAUAACAGCGUCAGGACUUGUGGAGGCUCCUCCGGAGGAGAAGCGAGCCUUAUCGGCUGUGGGGCCUCUCUCCUAGGCCUGGGUUCUGACAUAGCCGGCUCAUUGCGAUUACCAGCGCAUUAUUGCGGUGUCUGGGGGCACAAACCUAGCCCUCACGUCGUUUCCUCCGAGGGCCAUUACCCCGAUUGUAAAAACAAAGAAGAAUGGAAUAAAGUUUUCACGAUAGGACCUAUGGCAAGAUACGUCUCUGAUUUAAAAAUUCUUUUGAACAUCAUAGCAGAACCUGAAGCUCGAAACUUGCUGAGAUUAAAUGAAACGGUAGAUGUUAAGAAAAUUAAAAUCUAUUAUAUUUAUGCUGUGGCGUCUCCAUUGCCAAAUCACGUUAAUACCGAUGUGGUUAGUACUAUUGAGAAAGUUCGAACGCAUUUUGAUAUUCUCUGUGAUUCAAAUUGUACAAAAGUUGAUUUUCCACGUAUGAGGCAUUGUAUAGAGGCGUCUUACAUGCGAUUGUUGUGUCUCGAAGACGUUGAUAAUAUUUUUGAGGGUAGUAGAGGCGAUGGAGCUUAUUUGGAAUUACUCCGCUAUUUAGUCUGUCAAUCCAAACACGAAUUCACUUCAAUUGGCUACGGUUUGGUCCGCCGCAACUUCCACUUAAUUCCCCCAAAAAUAAUAAAUAAAGUUCACAAAUAUUUAGACGAUUUGCGUAACGACUUUCUCAGAAUUUUGAAAGACAACGCAGUUAUGAUCCUACCAACAAGUCCCUGCGAAGCCACUCAUCACGGCGACGUAUUUCGAAAAAUGUUCAAUCCGGGCUAUUUAUCGAUUUUUAACACGUUGGGGUUUCCAGUGACGAAUUGUCCAGUCGGGUUUAAUAAAAAUGGAUUACCGAUUGGGAUACAAGUCGUGGCAGCUCCAAAUUGUGAUAGAUUAACUCUGGCUGUGGCAGAAGAGUUAGAAAAAGCCUUCGGUGGAUGGAAAUUUAAUUAAUUGUUUGUAAAGAGAAUAAGACUUGAAAUAAAUUAUUAUCUUGUAAA